UUCUUUCUAUUUCCUGCGCGCAUUGCCACGUUAUUAGUGGCAGACACAAAAUUCAAGCGACACUUCAGACUGUUGGAGUUGAAAGAAAAUCGACUCCACUAAAAGUUUCCCCGCUUUCCAUUACGGUCUGACGAUUGGUUUGCACGCUUGAAGGUGAUCAAAGAUGCUGAAGUUGUUGAUUGUGUGCGCGCUGGCCGCUGUGAGCGCGGCUGACAUCCCCGAGGAGGAGGACGUGCUCGUUCUGAAGAAAAGUAACUUCGAGGAGGCACUCAAAACUUACCCUAAUAUCCUCGUGGAGUUUUAUGCACCAUGGUGUGGGCACUGCAAGGCCCUGGCCCCAGAAUAUGCCAAAGCAGCUGGUAUGCUGAAAGCAGAAGGCUCUGACAUCAAACUAGGUAAAGUAGAUGCCACAGAAGAGUCUGAAUUCGCUCAGGAGUUUGGUGUUCGAGGGUAUCCCACCAUCAAGUUCUUCAAGGGAGGAGAGAAGGAGAACCCCAAAGAGUAUUCUGCUGGUCGACAGGCUGAUGACAUCGUCAACUGGCUGAAAAAGCGAACUGGUCCUGCAGCCAUUAUUUUAAGUGAUGUUACACAUGCAGAGUCCCUUAUUGCAGAUAAUGAGGUUGCUGUUAUUGGCUUCUUUAAGGAUGUUGAAUCGGAGAGUGCAAAGGCCUUCUUUAAAACCGCAGAGGCUGUGGACGAUGUCCCCUUCGGCAUCACCUCUGAUGACGCAGUCUUUUCAAAGUUUGAAGUUGCCAUGGAUGGUGUUGUGCUGUUUAAGAAGUUCGAUGAGGGUCGCAACACAUUCGAUGGGGAGAUCAGCAAAGACAAGCUCCUGAACUUCAUCAAGGCCAACCAACUUCCUCUGGUCAUUGAGUUCACAGAGCAGACUGCUCCCAAAAUCUUUGGAGGUGAUAUCAAGUCCCACAUCCUAAUGUUUGUGUCCAAAGCGGCCAAAGACUUUCAGGAAAAGAUGGACCAAUUUAAGAAAGCAGCAGAGGGCUUCAAAGGCAAGAUUCUCUUCAUCUUUAUUGACAGUGAUGUGGACGAUAACCAGCGAAUCCUGGAAUUUUUUGGUCUGAAGAAGGAAGAGUGCCCAGCCAUCCGCCUUAUCACCCUAGAGGAAGAGAUGACCAAAUACAAACCAGAUUUCUCUGACAUUACAGCAGAGAACAUCAUUGCCUUCUGCACAGCCUUCACAGAAGGGAAAAUAAAGCCUCAUCUGAUGAGUCAGGACAUUCCUGAAGACUGGGAUAAGAACCCCGUCAAGGUCUUGGUGGGCAAGAACUUUGAGGAGGUUGCCUUCAACCCUGCCAAGAAUGUGUUUGUAGAGUUUUAUGCCCCAUGGUGUGGUCACUGUAAACAGCUGGCCCCCAUCUGGGAUCAGUUGGGUGAGAAAUUUAAAGACAAUUCAGACGUCAUUGUGGCCAAGAUGGACUCCACAGCCAAUGAGAUUGAAGCUGUCAAAGUGCAUAGCUUCCCUACUCUCAAGUUCUUCCCUGCUGGCGAGGACCAUAAGGUAAUUGACUACAAUGGUGACAGAACACUAGAUGGAUUCACAAAGUUUUUGGAGAGUGGAGGAAAAGAAGGUGGGGCACCAGCUGGAGACGAUGAGGAUGAGGAAUCAGAUGAUCUUGAUGAUGUAGAAGAGGAUGAUUCAGAUGUGGAAGAAGGACACGAUGAGUUAUAAGAGUCAGGAGAAAGAGGCGAGACGAACCCCUUCACCACCACCUCCACUUUAAACCUCCCUGUCUGUGAACACUAAAGCUUCCUAACUAAUCCUACAGCUACCAGGUGUUACAGGGUCCUCCAACCAGAACUGUUAUCAUUGUUGCUCCAACCAUUUGCAGCCCAGAGCAAUGCCCCUCUGCCCGCAAGAAGAUCUUAAAGGCUCUUAAAUGUUUUAUUUUACCAAGAUGUUGACAUUAAAUGUAUCUAAGUUUUUAGGUUUCAUUGUCAUGUUAAUCUAUUGAACUACUCUUAAUACUUGCCCACUACCUCAGUUUAUGAUCCGGGGGUGAUUAAGAUUUUCAGUUUAAUACGGUUAACACUUACCACCAUGAAGAAAGGGGAAAGCCAGUUUAAUUUGCCUUGAUUCUAUGGCAUGAAUGGAUUGCUCUUUUAGGACAGAGGGGCUAUAUGUUGUUCAUCAUGGGGCGGACAUAACAUUUUAAUAAUGGGCUACUAUUACAAUGUGGACAAGCUUAACAGAGACCAAUCUGAGGUACCUGCCCAUUAUUUGUUUUCUUUCAAACCACAGUCUCCUAUUCCAUAUUUUCUAAAAACACCUGCUACUGAAUUACUUUUAAAGAUGUUAAGAAGUGGAGAACUUGUUUUAAUUGUUUCAAAUUGAUUUUUUAAUAAUCUAGCAAACUGAAGGGCCCAGAAACAGCACUUUUGUUAAUGCUAACCUGGGGCAGUGUUGGCCCUCGCAGCUUUCUGAUCACCUGGGAGGAUGAUUUGGUUGAAAUAUUUUUUUGCACUUCACUCAAUGCCAUCAGAGAUUCCAUAUCAGUUACUGAAAUGGUAGAGUUUUUCAUCUUGUUUGGAGAAUUAACUCCUCUGGCCUUCCUGCUUUCUCCAUCACUUUAUUGGAAGAUUUCUUCCAAUUGGGAGUUAUCAUGCCAGUUGUCUUGGAGUGGUCCAUUUGACAGGGAGGAGAAAGUGUGUUUGUAUAUGCAGCUCACUGCGCAUUCUUCCCCCUCUUAUGCCAGGGUUCAGGGUUGUGAGUGUUAACCCUCAUAUUGUCUGUCUUUUAUUUUUCUAGGAGUGAGUUUCAGGGGUGAUGUUUAAAGAAAGAGGAGGGUUUUGGUACUAUAUAGGGAGGGAUUUGGGUUUUGAAAUUAAAGGGAUACAAAAAUAGCACAAACAUGUUUGAGACUAAGCAUUCCAUUGCAUUUAAAUUGAUAUGAAAAACUGGUGGCCAAAUAAACAUGGUGAUAAAUGUG